CCAAACAGUUAAAUUAGCCACUUCCUUGGUUAAAAUGGCGUUUGUUAUUUAACUUUGCAACAUGAAGUUAUUUAUAAAGGAAAUUAGCAACAAGAAAGGUGCCGUAUUUUAAAUUUGAAAUUACUGGGUUAUUUGUUUACAACUUAUGUAAAAUCAUUAACCAUUACAUUCCUCCAAAAAAAGACAUCGGUUUUAUCUUGGGCGUGAUUAAUUCGUAAUUUCUGCAGAAAGCAUGGGCACUUUACAAUUACACUGCCCACUUUGUUGUACAGAAACGUUUUCAUGUCAUAACUCCUUAAAGUAUCAUUUGUUAAGCAUAUCCGAUAAUUUAAUAUGUCCGGCGUGCGGCAAACGAUUUGAACGAAUCUUCGAUCUUGCCAUGCACCUCGGUAACCAGUGCGUGGAUCCAUUAGUGCCCGAAGAACCCGAACAUGCCGAUGAGACGCCCGAACGGUUUAGUCCGAUCUGCGUGAAGGUCGAAGCGGACGAUUUGACGGACACUGUAACAAGCAGUAUAUUGGCGAGGGCACUUACCAAAGAUACGAGUGCGAUUCAACAGCAAAACGAAGAGGAGGUCUCGGAGAAUGAGGAUCUCUACGUGUGUUCAACUUGUGAUAUACAGUUCAAUUCGAUCGAGGAUCACGUUAGGGAGUUUCAUGACGGACACGAAGUUUACUUGCAGAGUGACAAGGAUGAAGCGAGUGUCGAACCUGAUAAUUCUUGUUUACUCCUAGUAAGCGCCGAUAAUGGUAAAGAGGUAGAAGAAAAUAUGGUCAUUGCAGAUCACGUGAGUAGGGCUGGUUUAACGUGCACCCCGAAACUGGUAAAAAUCGAGAAAUUUUGGAACGGUAAAGUCGGUGAAGAUGACACGCAAGCGGUGGAGGACGAUGCCGAAUCGGACGGUGAUGGCUCAGUGAUGGAAAUUUACGAAUGUGUGAGGUGCUCGUUGACAUUUCGCACCGAGGAAUAUUUCAACAAGCAUAAGUGUAAAAGUUCGAACUUCGUCAUCAGAAAGUGUACCGUGUGCGAUGCAAGUUUUACGACCGUUAAAUCGUUAAACGCGCACAUGAAAACCCACGCGCUUGGAGAGAAUCCCAAUCCGCCGUUCGUAUGUGAAGUGUGCAACACCGAAUUUCCGUUGUUUAAGUCGUUGCGUUUGCACAGGCGAAUGCAUGAUCCCAUUAAGUCGAAAAACAUCGAACCUCCCGUUAAUUACAGUUUGGAGGGUGAGGAAGUGGAAGAGGCGGCAAGGGAAAAGUUUGUAUGCCCGAUAUGUUCCAAAGAGUACGACAAGGAAUACGCGGAAGCGCAUAAGAAGUUUCAUAGUGAGGAAAAGGAUUACAAUUGCGAAAUUUGCAACCGCAAAUUCUUCUCGCAGGAAAACUUGGACAUGCACAUGCACGCCCACGCAGAAGUAAAGAAAUUUACGUGUUCGUACUGCAAGAAAGGUUUCUUAAGUAGCGACAAAUUGGAAGCGCAUAUGUCCGCCCAAUGUCAAAUGAGGCAAUACGAGUGUCAAUAUUGCGGGAGGCGUUUUUCCCGUCCGCACGAAAAGGUCAAACAUGAACGAAUACACACCGGGGAAAAGCCGCACAAGUGCGAAAUUUGCGGUAAAGCGUUUCGCGUCAGCUAUUGCUUAACGCUUCACAUGCGUACUCAUUCUGGAAUUCGACCGUAUAAGUGCGAUCACUGCGGUAAGCGUUUUAAGGCGCAUAGCGUCUACAAUCAUCAUUUACUCACACAUUCAGAAGACAGAAAGUAUAAAUGCCCUUUUUGUCCUAAAACUUUUAAGACGGGUGUACAACUAGCAGGGCAUAAAAAUAGUCACACGAAACCUUUCACUUGUACGGAAUGUAACCGACCCUUCGCGUCUUUGUACGCGGUUCGAUCGCACAUGGCCACCCAUAAAAGGCAAAAUAACCUCAAAUUUAAAUGUUGGUUGUGCGGAGCGUCGUAUGCACGUUCGUUCGCUUUGCGUGACCACAUUAAAGAGCAACACUACGAAAACGCAAAGGAAGCCGCCCAAUUAGGAAGCUUAGAUUUUGCAAUAACCGAAACAAUUGAAACGGGAGAGGCCGUUUUAACGGACGGUGAUGAAACCAUGUUAAUCGAUAUGCCGGGCGGAGAAGAUGUUAAUAGUAUAGAAAUUUCUGGAGUUGCAAUAACUCUUUCGGAUAAUAAUUGAUUUUAGGGAUAAGUAAGUUACAUGAUAUAUUAAGCUAUAAGUAGAUGUCAGCAAAUGUAAAUAUAUUCUCAGUUUAUUAUAAUGUUCUUUCUUAUAAAGGUAAUAAAAUGAAUAAAGCGAUUUAAUUAAUUAA